AUGAAGUCGGUUUUCGCUUUUUCCACUCUCCUGGCCCUCGCCUCGGCGGCUGCUGUCCCCGAACGCCAGGUCAGACCCGCUGUCACCGCCUACGAUGGAUACAAAGUCUUCCGUGUCGCUGUCAAGAACCAGGUCAACAAGGUCUCCAAGAUCAUCGAGCAGCUAGAGCUCGAGACAUGGAAGGCACCCAAGGCCCCUGGCGCUCUCGCCGAUAUUGUUGUCCCACCAUCCAAAGUGGCCGAGUUCGAGGCGGCUGUCGCCGGCAUGGAGGUCACUACCAUGCACGAGGACUUGGCUGCUUCUAUUGAGGAGGAGUCCAACUUCUCUGCAUAUGCAGUUGGUUCUGCCAACGCUACGUGGUUCAACUCAUACCAUUCGUACAACGACCAUCUCCAGUUCCUGCGGGAUCUCCAGGCCACCUACCCAACCCGCUCGGCCAUCGUCACGUCGGGCAACUCCAACGAGGGAAGACCUAUCACAGGUAUUCACUUCUGGGGAAGCUCCGGGAAGGGCAAAAAGCCUGCUGUCAUCUUCCACAGCACCGUCCACGCGCGCGAGUGGAUCACCACCAUGGUCAACGAGUACCUGGCCUUCAACCUCCUGACCAAGUACGACACCGACGCCGAGAUCAAGAGCUUCGUCGACAAGUACGACUUCUACGUCUUCCCCGUUGUUAACCCUGACGGCUUCGUCUUCACCCAGACCAACACUCGUCUGUGGCGCAAGAACCGUCAAUCCAACACUGGCAGCACUUGCAUUGGCCGUGACAUCAACCGUAACUGGAACUUCCAGUGGUCCGUUACUGGCGGUGCUUCCACUAACCCCUGCGCCGAGGACUACAAGGGAAGAGCCGCCUCUGAUGCCCCCGAGACUACCAACCUGGCCAACUUCAUCCGCAGCGUCAAGUCCAGCCAGGGCUUGAAGCUCUUCAUUGACUGGCAUGCUUACUCUCAGCUGUUCAUGACCCCUUACGGAUACUCCUGCACUGCCAGAGCUGCUAAGCAUACCGAGCUUGUGUCCCUUGCUGCUGGCGCUGCCUCGGCUAUCCAGGCCGUUUACGGCACCAGGUUUACCUCCGGACCUAUCUGCAGCACCAUCUACAAGGCCACCGGUAGCAGUGUCGACUGGGCCAACGAUGUGGGCGGCUCUGAGUACACAUUCACCGCCGAGCUUCGUGACACUGGUGCCAACGGCUUCGUUCUCCCUGCUAGCCAGAUCGUUCCCAGCGGUGUCGAGACCUGGGCCGGUCUUAGAUACCUGCUGUUGAACAUGAAGUAA